AUGACCUCUUUCUCUGCUGCUCUGGAAUUCUUAGAAGCGGUUCCGGUUAAGUCAGUUCACCUUAAUGGUAGCACCUCUACUUCUCAGUCCGAUGUGUCUACUGUCUGGUCUCCUCCGACUGACCCCUUCUUCAAAGUUAAUAUUGAUGCUUCCUGGGAUGGUUCCUCAAAUUUCGGGGGAAUAGCGGCUGUUGUCCGUGAUCAUUUGGGUUCUCUUGUUGAUGGUUUUGCUGGGGUAAUUCAUGCUCUUUCCCCGCUUGCAGCAGAACUGAUGGCUAUUUGUGAGGGCCUGAUUCUCAUCCCUAAGCUUCCUCCGGGGCCUAUAACUCUGGCUUCUGACUCCCUCUCCCUUAUCAAAGCCUUCAAUUCAGGUGUUCCUCCUCAAGAUUGGACCGUUUCAAACUUGUUCUUUAAAGCCCGGUAUCUCUCUUUAAACCGGCAAAUCAGUUGGCUUUGGACCAGCAGGAAAGCAAAUAGAGCUGCUGACCAUGUUGCGGCUCUGGCUUUCAGAGGAUUAUGUCCUCCUUCAUGGGUUGCUCAUCCUCCUUCUUCUCUUGUUAGCAUUCUCCUGUAUGAUGGGCUUCCUUGUCCUCAUUAG